AUGAAAAGAAAAGAACAAGAUGGAAAGGCAAGGACGAAUGGUCAUGAAGAUAAUACUGUGAAACGAACUCGAUCAAGUAAUCGAUUAUCAGCUGAAAUACAUCACUCGCCCAAAGAUCAUGUCUUGCCAGACAUUAAGAGCGCAAGCAAACGAAGUCGACCUACUGUAGUGGAAAAAGAGAAUGCUGAUGAUUCGGAAGUUUCUGCAGAGGAAAACGAACCAGAUUCGGUUCAUGACAAUGCUGCGCUUCCAGAAUCUCGACCAGAGGCUGAUGGAUCACCGAGUCGUCCAACCUUGAGCCCGAUCAGAGCUCAGAACCAAUCUACUCCUAAGUCUAUGCGGCAUGGCAAUGAAAUUUUUGCGACACCAAUCAAGGCCAGGGGCAUAACAGGGACAGACGAGACUCCACGCCUUCGACGCAACAUCGAUCGAUCAGCUCGAAGGAAGAGUACUAGAACACUCAUUGAGCGUACAGUACUUGGCAAUACUAGCGAUAACGAUGACGAAGAAGAAGACAUUGCGAACCAAAUAUAUGAUUCAGAGGAGGACGACGAAGCGGGAAUAGAGAACGACGAUACAAAUCAGGCUACAGGCGAACCUUCAACACCUUCCAAGCGUGGAGUAGGGCGACCAAAAAAGACAAAAACUCGACAGAGAUCAUUGACGCCACCUCAGGAUCUUGCCCCUCACGAAUUAUACUUCUCUCAAAACCGACCCGGAAGGUCCAAAACUGCGAAUUCUAAUUUGUCUUCCUUAGCAUUACUCGACCAUGAAGAGUAUUUUAGCCUUGCUCGGAGCUACAAAGACCAGCAUGAGGACGAUAUGAACUUUUUACAUGAUGUGCAUGCCAAAUCUUUCAACCAAUGGCAAUUUGAGCUCAGUCAGAACUUCAAUAUUUGUGUCUACGGCUGGGGGUCAAAAAGAUCUCUUCUUCUCAAAUUUGCUGAGCAUAUCUAUAACGCAAUGGCUGAUCAUUCCCGCGAGAGAAUAGUAGUGGUGAAUGGUUAUGUACAAAAUCUCACAAUCCGAGAUCUUCUAAAUACAGUAGCCAGUUCUAUCUCCGGCAAUGGCACGAAAAUAGGUUCACAGCCCGCUGAAAUGCUUGAAAACCUCACGAAUCUGCUUGAUGAAGACAAGACUCAACAUGUGACUCUCAUUAUCCAUUCUCUUGAUGGAUCUGCUCUUCGUCGUCCUGCACCCCAAAUGAUACUCUCGCGCUUGAGUUUUCACCCACAGGUACAUUUGAUUGUGUCUGUAGACCACCCCUCCUUCCAUUUACUCUGGGACAGUUCGCUUCGUUCAACUUUCAACUUCUUAUUUCAUGAUUGUACGACCUUCUUACCCUACACAGUAGAAGUCGACGUUGUAGAUGAGGUACAUGAUCUUCUCGGAAGGAGCGGACGCAAAGUAGGGGGCAAAGGUGGUGUAAGCUUUGUGCUCAAGAGUUUGCCUGAAAAUGCAAAGAAUCUUUUCAGAGUCUUGGUAGGAGAACAACUUGCAGCUAUGGACGAGAGCCCUGCAGGUGAACCUGACGAUGGCGAUGAUGAGGAGGGACUACAUGGAGCUGGUAGUAGGAAAAGUGAACCUGGCGUGGAAUAUAGAGUACUUUACCAGAAAGCUGUAGAGGAGUUCAUUUGCAGUAACGAGAUGAAUUUUCGAACGUUACUGAAGGAGUUCCAUGAUCAUCAAAUGAUAGAGAGUAGGAAGGAUACUUUAGGGACAGAAAUGCUUUUUGUGCCCUUCAGAAAAGAAGAACUGGAAAACAUUCUCGAGGAUAUUGCAGCAUAA